UCGGGAGAGACAGGAGUCUUUGAUACUGGUCGUGAUAACAUCCGAGUAAAGGUCGAAGAGUUAAACGAAGAUGUCGCAAGGGUUAUUCUUGUAGAUGAAAAUGAAAGUCCAAUUGACACUAUAGAGAAAGCGAAAUUUAUAAAUCAGGUGACUGAAAAUGAAAUAACACCUGUGGAAGUUAAGGGUCAAAAAAGCUAUCUUAUAACUUGGAUAAAUAGCUAUGAGUUGCGUGUAGAUAAUGAAAAAAUUUUUAAAUUUAAAGCACAGAGAGGGCAUGUGCAAAUGAAAAAAAAUCAUGCGGAUUGUUUUGUAAAAGACCAUUAA